AUCAAUGGAAAGAGCCAAAGAAGUCGGCUCUGUCAUGUUAUCAGCUGUGUCCAAUCACAGCUGAUCGCAUGGGACAUCUACACUGAUCAUCAGGGCACUGAUGAUCAGUGUGCCCUGAUGAUCAGUGUAGCCCCUUCAGUGCCACCUGUCAGUGCUCAUCAAUGCCACCUGCCAGUGCCCAUCAGUGCCACAUCAAUGUCACAUCAAUACCACAUAUCAGUGCCCAUCUGAGCUGUCUUUCAGUGCCACCUAUCAGUGCCAGUGAGUGCCGCUUAUCAGUGCUGUCAGUCAUUGUUGCCUAUCAGUGCCAGUCAGUGCCACCUAUCAGUGC